AUGGGACUCCUCCUGCUUUCACGCGCGCGGAUGAGGGACACCCUGCUCUGGCUCCGAUCGGCGAUCGACUAUGGGGUUCAGGAGCAGCAGCAGCCGGACGACGCCACAGCGAGCAGCGAUGCCAGCAGCGCAACAACGGUGGACCCGGCAGAGUGGAGUCGUGUCCUGCGAGAAGCGGGCUCAGCAGGGCGCCACGCUAUGCGGCCAUGUCGGAAGAUUCUGUGGAUUGCCAAAGGGGAGGAGACAGGAGGAGAGGACUCUUCAGAUGGUGAGAGUUUGGGGAUCUUGCUUCAAUUGGCCCUCAAAUUGCAACCAAGAUUAGAGCUGCCUGCCUCGAUGUGCCAAGACGGGCAAGGACACCAAGCGGGGAGGGACAUCGCCCAACACAUGUCAGUUCUGAGAUCCUUCUGGGCACUAUUUCAAUAA